AUGGACGCGCUGGAGCCCGUCGUCGUCCCGCUACCCCGCGUCGUGUGCAUGCCCAGCGCAGCGACCGCCAACGCAGCCGUGCCGCCGAUGCGUCUCUCGGCCGAGCAGCAGCGCCACGUCCGCGCGCUGCGCCACCACGCGUUCCGGCGGGUGCAAGAGCACCAUUUCAACUGCGCCGCGAUCCUGCACGGCAGCCUCGCGACGCGGCCCGUGGCUUUUCCGGACGCUGACGAAGAGACCGCCAGUGCAGCCGCCGAGGCAACGCUGCGCGCCCAGAUCCAAGAGCUCACAGCGGUGAACCUCGAGCUUGAAACCUCGCUGGCGGCGGCGACGGCCGAGACCGAAGACCGCUUGGCGAAGCGCGGCUGGGACGACGUACUCGUGUCUUUAUAA